UGGCGGACGACUCGGCCAGCGGUUCCAAUUGCAUGCGAAUCGCACGAUAUCUAGAUCUACCGGUAGAUGAGUGAAGGCAUCCGCUGCGACGUGGAGAUUCAAGUUGCCCUGACGGCCACCGGCCAAAACUCGAGGACAAAGCUAAUCCGGAAUGCACGCCUGUGCCAGCGCAAGGGUGGCUUGCAACUGUUUGGCGAACACUACAAAACAGCCAUUCGCACGCACGGCGUUGAGCUGUACUUUAGCCAUGUCCUGCGCGGGAAACUCACCUUCAUUUGGCGCGAGACAUUGCGAUACACUCAGUAUAAUUGUCACAAUGGAGCUCCAAACGAGAUGUUGCAGCUCAAGGAGUUUGCACUGACUCAAGGCGCGAUCGCCAAGUCGCCUUUGCCGAUUCUCCCGACAGCGUCCUCGGUCACAAGACCGCCGCUGCAGGACCGCACAAACGUAGCAACGACGUUGGUACCUGUGAGCCCACCAUCAAAGCGACGACAGCGCACGUCGCCAGCCAAAGCGCGACAGCAUGCCUCGCAGUACCUCACAGCAAUACCGAAGCGAAAUCGGGUAUUAACACCCCAGCAAGCUCAAGUUGUCGCAGCCAUCCAACGGAACGAAAACGUCUUCUUCACGGGGCGCGCUGGAACUGGAAAGUCCUUCCUCCUUGGCCACAUUCAGCGCGUGGUACCGCCAACUGGCCUGUACUUGACGGCCACGACCGGCAUCGCAGCAUUUCACAUUCACGGCAUGACGUUGCAUCACUUUGCCGGGCUCACUGCGAUGGACAAACUGCACGUGCCAACGAUGCUGGCCACCAUUCAACGAAACAAGGACGCAUUGUUCAGGUGGACGCACGCCAGAACGCUUGUCGUGGAUGAGAUCUCGAUGCUGGAUGGGCGCAUGUUUGAAGCGCUCGAAGCAAUUGCACGACAACUUCGGCAAUCCACGCGAUUCUUUGGCGGAAUUCAGCUGAUCGUAUCAGGGGAUUUUUACCAACUGCCGCCAGUCGCCCAAGAUCGCCAGCCCCGCUUUUGCUUUGAAGUCGCAGCAUGGCAACGCGGCAUGACCAUCUCCAUUUGCCUCGACCAAGUGUUUCGCCAACGCGACGCUGACUUUGUCGACAUUCUCAACGCUAUUCGCGUUGGCACCCAUACAUCGGCCAUGCUGGCGAAGCUCAAUCAGCGCAUGGGACUGCCAACCGCCGAUGCAAUUCAUAUUUUUUCACAUAACGAAGAUGUUUUCGCGAUGAACGAAGCUCGUUUGACAGCGCUGCAGGGCAAGGCCCACGAAUACGCCGCUAUAGACACAGGCGAUCGCGAGUUGCUCAAAGGGUCGCCCAUCUCGGCACGCAUCCAGCUCAAAAGUACCGUCCCUCCUCGCGUGAUAGAGUGCGAUGGUUACGACCAGAGAUACCCCGUCAACUGCAUGAUUGAGUGCUUAUGUCUCAGGCGCUUGUGGAUGGUAGAAGGUGUGAUCGUGAUGCUGACCAAAUCCCUGUCCGUCGUAAAUGGACUGGUCAACGGUGCGCGAGGCACGGUCCUCGGCUUCACGCGUGAUACGCACAUGCCUAUUGUUCGAUUCGAUCACGGGAUUUCCCAGCCCAUGGUCCCGGAAACCUUUCCCAUUAUGGCGAACCACACCGUCGUUGCAGUGCGUCAGCAGCUCCCACUCACGUUGGCAUAUGCGAUCAGUAUCCACAAGAGCCAAGGACUCACGUUUGAUCGCGCCGUGCUACACCUCGGCAAAGUGUUUGAAUAUGGUCAAGCGUAUGUGGCGCUGUCCAGGCUUUCGUCCCUUCGAGGGCUCACGCUGGCCACCCCCGUGACGCACAGCACAAUUCGUGUCCAUCCACGGGUGAGAGACGGCAUGACGUCGUGACUGAAACAUGAGUGUAUAAGCGCGUCAAGCAGCCGAAUAUAUCGCGUUGAGGAUAUUUCCC